UGGCCUCUAAUUAACAGCAAGGUAAGAUCUCCAGGGAUGGAUCUCUUUAUGUUAAUUGGGUUAUAUAAACCAUAGACUUCCUGACUUCACUGACCAGUAAGCUCUUGGUACUGACAACUGAGUUUCUAAAUCCGAAUCAAGCGGUGACGAUCUUUUAGGACAAUCGCCAACUCUUCCCUUGCUAUUUCACCCAAAGGCUGAUGAUUUAUUGUACUGGGCAUCUAUAACUGCUCACACAUGACCUGGCAGAAGGGCACCUCUUUACGGUCAAUUUGCAGCCGUGCCCUACGUCAUACCAGCGCUCAUGGAGUGCCCAAUAUUAUACAUUCCCAGGAUCAGUGGAGAAGUUGCUGUUGGACAACAUUUGUGUUGCUGGUGCUAGGCUGUAUGUUGUGGCAGUGCAGUCAGUUAACGGCUACCUAUCUGCAAUACCCAACACAAGAAAAGGUCACGCUUGUGAACAGAGCCAGGCUUCCUUUUCCAGCUGUAACAUUUUGCAAUCUUAAUCGCGCCAGAAUGUCACAACUUACCUUGUCAAAGUAUCAUUCUCUACAGGACUAUUUGACAGAUCCAUCACCAGAUAACUAUGAGGAGGGGGUGCACGGUCAUGAACAUCAAAGAAACUUUGCUUUUGCUUUGUCUCAGCUAAGUACCCAAGAUCAGAUGGAACUGGGACACCAACUAAAGGACAUGCUGAUUUCCUGCGUUUUUCACAAUGAGGUUUGUAAUGAAAGCUAUUUCACCACUUUCUUGAACCCGAAGCUUGGAAACUGUUACACCUUCAAUGGACCGAAUUACCCGUCAUCAAGAAUUCAGCAAACAGAUGUGUUAAAUGCCACCAAAGCCGGCUUCAGUUAUGGUCUGACUAUGGAGCUUCAUAUUGAACAGAAUGAAUAUAUGACUAAUGUGAGCACAGCAGCAGGACUGCGAGUAGUUCUGCAUGGACAGGGGAAGAUGCCGUUCCCUGAAGAUGAGGGAGUCAACAUUCCUCCUGGGCAGGAGUCAGACAUUGGAGUAGUGAAGGUCCAUGUGAAACGUUUGCAAGAACCAUACAACAGUCGAUGUAGUAGUGGUCACGACAUAAGGAAUUAUUACGCGGAUGUUUAUGGAACUGAAUACAGCCGAGAGGCCUGCAAGAAAAGCUGCGCUCAGAUCAAAAUGAUCAAAAAUUGUGGGUGCAGAAUGUGGGAGUUCCCAGCACCCCCUGGGAUUGAUAUACCUAUAUGUAAUAUCAGCGAACCACCUGUCAAUGACUGUGUGGAAAUGUAUGAAUAUAAACUAUCCCACGAUCAACUGAAAUGCCACUGUCCUCUUCAAUGUCAGGAAGAGAAUUUUCAACUCACUCUGUCUUCAUCACAGUGGCCAAGCAGUAAAUAUUUGGAUUACUUUUCACAGCACAUUCAAAUCAGACACGGCUAUGAAGAUGUGGAAAAUUUAAGGGACAAUAUAGUGAAGCUUGUGGUUUAUUACCAGCAGCUAAAUUAUGAACUGAUAGAAGAAGUGCCCUCGAUGCAGCUGGUGGACCUGUUUUCUAGUAUAGGAGGUCUGGUGGGCCUUUGGAUUGGAGUGUCUGUUUGCACAGUGGCUGAGUUCCUAGAGCUAAUACUGAAUUUAGUGACAUUUGUCAUUGGUCGGAUACCAAAAAAAGAAGAUGCACCAGAAAACCCAUAUUCAAUAACAAAGUCUCAACCAGAAGAAUGUUCUCCGAAUUCUGUUGACCGCUAUCUUCUGUGGAGUCCGCUAAAUGAUGUCUCCAGUCUUCUCAGGAACAACUCAGAGGACACUCAAAGUCUACACAACCCCUAUCAGAGUUAUGAGACAUUAAACGAGUAUAUAUUUAAUGUAUGAGGGAAAAUUGGCUAUAUAGAUUGUGUAUAAUGAUGGUUUCAUCAGAGUGUAAAGGACAUCUCAGAGUGUGGUUAGUUUUUAAAAGUAAAGAAAGUGCAUUUAUUAUUUAUUUAAUAAAGUAAUAAACUUUAUGAACAAAGUAAUUAUCAAAGAAGAAACAAUGUGAACAAUGGCUCAGUAGAUUUGUGUGUAUUUAAAUACACAUGCAUACUUUUACAAUAAAAAGGAAGCUUUGGUUUAUAAACCCAU